AUGGGUCGUAAUUGGUGGGUUAUACCGGUGCUGCUUCUUUUUAUUGCCAGUUGGAUAUUAAUUGUUAUUGGCUUUUCCAUCACGCUGUUUGAAUCCCCAGUCGUUUACGGUAAAAACUAUGGUGGUAGACGCAUUACGAAAUUAACCGUACUCGGUUUUAUCGGAAUUGAUGUGGAUGUCCCAAUAGAAGGGGCAAAUUUUACGUGGGUGACUAAAAUGGAUUAUUUUCACUACUACGUUGAUCUAACCGUUCAGUUACCAUACGGUUUUGCCCCGCAGCAUGUAUUUCAAAAAUACAACUUUGAUGAUAUUCCCUGUAAGGAGUUUACAUCUAAAAUGAAAGUGGGCCAAGUAUUUACAUUGUUCUCUAUAUUUGCCUGCCUAUUUAGUAUUGUCUUCCUUAUAGCUGUUAUCUUUAUUCGAUCCCUAUUACUAUUACUAUGUGUAUGGAUAUUCGGUUGGAUUACUGUGAUUUGUAAUGCGGUCUCCGUGGGAACUCUCUUUUAUGUUUAUUUAAAUGGAUUCUGUGUGGAUGAUAGACCCACGCGGAUUCCACCGGGUCUUCAAUUCUCUAUGCCGGCUGGGGGAACGGCGUUGUUUUGCUUGGCUGCCGUGAUGCUCUUAAUGGGAAUGAUCGUCAGUAGUAUUUUGUGA